AUGUGGGUCAAUUCCGGAACCGUCGGAAGGGCCCUCUCCAUGGAUAUAGACACAGACUAUGAGCGGCCCAAUGUGGAAACCAUUAAAUGUGUGGUGGUUGGGGAUAAUGCAGUAGGCAAGACCAGGCUAAUCUGUGCCCGGGCCUGCAAUGCCACCCUCACACAGUAUCAGCUGCUUGCCACCCACGUGCCAACCGUCUGGGCCAUCGACCAGUACCGUGUAUGCCAGGAGGUGUUAGAGAGAUCUCGUGAUGUAGUGGAUGAGGUCAGCGUGUCCCUGAGGCUAUGGGACACAUUCGGGGAUCAUCACAAAGACAGACGAUUUGCCUAUGGCAGGUCUGAUGUAGUGGUGCUGUGCUUCUCUCUGGCUAAUCCCAACUCCCUGCGCCAUGUACGCACCAUGUGGUUCCCGGAGAUCAAGCACUUUUGUCCCCGGACACCCAUCAUUCUUGUUGGCUGCCAGCUGGAUCUGCGCUAUGCUGACCUGGAUGCAGUUAACCGCGCACGACGACCCCUAGCCAAACCCAUCAAACCAACAGACAUCCUUCCCCCGGAGAGAGGCCACGAGGUGGCAAAGGAACUCGGGAUUCCCUACUAUGAGACGAGCAUUGUUGCCCAGUUCGGAGUCAAAGAUGUUUUUGACAAUGCCAUCCGAGCUGCCCUCAUCUCCCGUCGUCACCUGCAGUUCUGGAAGUCUCACCUGAAAAAGGUCCAGAGGCCCCUUCUCCAGGCGCCCUUCCUGCCUCCGCGUCCGCCUCGCCCCAUCGUGGGCAUCCCAGACCCGCCUCCUGCGGACGGCGAGGGCCCUGAUUCCCUUUUCUGCCAUCCGCUGUGUGCAGAUGUCCUCUUCCUUCUUCAGGGCGGUGCCACUCGCGUCUUUGCACACAAAGUCUAUCUGGCUACUUCCUGCUCCAAGUUCUAUGACCUCUUCACCCUUGAUCUUGGUGGAUCGUGUCUGGGGCCACGGGGGGAGGAACAGGAGAAUAAGGAAAACUUGGAGAGCGGGGAGGAAGAUGAGCAGAGCAGGAGAGGAGCCAAGGAGCAAGCUGGGCGCACUAAGAGCCUGGACAUUGAUAAAGACGGGGUGGACGGAGGAGUGCGGGGCCUGAAUCGACCCCAGCUGCUCCAGCAGGGCUCUUUGAGGACUUCCCAGAGCGAUAAUGCCCUCCCCUCCAGAGCUUUGUACUCUCUGGGUGCACUGGGGACUGGGCGAGCACUUUCUGGAUGGGGAAGGGGGUUCCUGAGUGUGUGCCUGGAGCAUGUCGAUGAUCCCAUGACUGGACGACCACGACUCAUGACUGUUGUAGCCAUGGACGCACUUAUACAGGAAGAACCAUUCAAGGUGGUGCUUCAGUACCUGUACACAGGCAGCCUGGACGAGGGCCGAGGCGACCUGAUGCAGGUGGCAACCAUAGCAGAGCUGCUCGAGGUGUUUGACCUGCGGAUGAUGGUGGCCAAUGUUCUCAACCGGGAGAGCUUCAUGAACCAGGAGAUCACCAAGGCCUUCCAUGUGCGCCGAGCCAACCGCAUCAAAGAGUGUCUCAAUAAGGGGACCUUUGCUGAUGUGGUGUUCCGACUGGACGAUGGCUGCCUCCCGGCCCACAAGCCCCUGCUCAUCUCCAGCUGCAACUGGAUGGCCGCCAUGUUCCGUGGGUCCUUCAUGGAAAGCUACAUCGAAGAGGUACCCAUUCCAAACACAAGUACAGCCUGCAUGCACGGGGUGUUGGAGUUCCUGUACUGCGGUCUGCUGACACCCUGUCCUGGUUUGGAGCCCAUGGAACUAAUUGUUCUGGCCAACCGUCUCUGUUUGCCACGCCUUGUCGCCCUCACAGAACAGCAUGCUGUGGAUGAGCUUCUCCAGUUGGCAGUGAAGGGGGGCGACAUUGAUGGACAGGUGUUGGCUUACCUCGAGGUUGCACAGUUCCACAAUGCCAAGCAACUAUCAGCUUGGUGUCUCCAUCACAUCUGCACUAAUUAUAACAGCAUCUGCCGCAAGUUUCCCAAAGACAUGAAGGCCAUGUCUCCAGAGAACCAGAGACAUUUUGAGAAGCAGCGCUGGCCUCCUGUGUGGUUCCUGAAGGAGGAGGACCGCUACCUGCGCUCCCAGAAGGAGCGUGAGCGUGAGGAGGAGAUCUUGCGCAAGCAGCACACCAAACGGGGCUGGUGUUUCUGGAGGCACCCGUCCUCCUCUCCACACGUCUCCUAGAGGGUUCCCUCCACUGACUCCUUCAUCUGCACCUGGGCCGUCCCACCCAGGAUAACUAACCCCCUCCCCCCUGCAACGCGUAUAGAGGAGGUCGGCUUCGGACCCUCUGUCACUGGAGAAAGGACUGUCAGUGCUACUAUGCCUGAAUGUCAGCAUGUCUGGGGGAAUGUAUGUGCCUCUUUAUACUUGUGGGUGACUUCACGAGUGGAUUUUUGGGAUGCUUGUGUGACAAGUGUAGACUUAACCGAAGGGUAUGUGCGUGGGUGUGUGGGUGUCUGUUUUUUGCGGUUGUUAUGAUUGAGUGAUGCUUCCGAGUUGAGUGCUUCCCGGUCGCCCUGAUCUAUAAGGGCCUGCGGCAUCGCAGUGCAGCCCCUCAUCCCCUCCUCCACAAGAGCUCUGUCCCGCCGCCAGCAGGUGUCCCAGCCUUCGAGUGAUCGGACUGGGAGCAAGGGCUCUCUAUAUCUCUCAGUCUCCAUCCUUCACACUGACCUUAAAGACUAUUACACAUUGACCACCGCAGCUCCUCUUGUGGAGCUUACCUCUGCCUUCACUUCUACGCAGACUGUUAGCUUGCACACACAGACCCGUGCGAAACAUCCACCCCUCUAAAACCAGCACUGGAUUCCCAGGAACUGACACGUGCAGUCUAAUAAUUACUUUGAUAUUAUUUUUUUUUAUAUAUAUAUAUAUAUAUAUAUAUAUAUAUAUAUAUAUUCUAGAACACUCUUAUCAGGGUUAAUGGCACACACUUUUCCCUGGACAUGUUAAGGAUGCUGAGGAGCGUUAUUCCCAGUUUGAAUGUAAGGGCAACCUUAAAACCAUUAGCGAGUUAGAACGCCCCAGUCGGGAGGCUCGACUGGCUCUUGGUAUAGUACUGAUGUGGUCCUUGGUGCCCCAUCACACACCCCUGCACCUCCCACCCCCUCUUCCUGCACACCACAUGUGCAAAAAAGAAAAAAAAAAGUGAAAUGAGUUGGAUUCACCAAACUGCACUUCAGAGACAUUCAAAGUGACCCCUCUAUAGCAAUGACAGGGGCGAAGAGGGCUAGCCUUACUUGAUACCUCUGCAAUGGAGGAAUGACACAGUGUUAAACAAAUCUGCUCUAACGUCCACGACCACUGGGUUGCGCUGAAUCACCUCAGCCAGCCUGCCUUUACACCCCUACACCACUGGGGGCAGCACUGCUCAGGGCCCCUACACUAACCCUCACACUAAGUGACAGGAGUUUUUCUAUGCCUGUGAUUUCUUUACUCUCAUUUCGAUUAUUAUUAAGCUCGUCAGUAUAACCUAAAUCCUUGCAAGGUGUUAGAAUGAAGCUAAAGCACACUCACAGUGUUAGCAGUGCAUUUAGAGCUCUUGAUUUUCACCUAAUACUGAAUACCAAAGCUGUGGUUCUUUUUUUUUUUUAUCUCUUGCUUCCUCACUUUCUUCAUGUCCUGCUCCCUUGCCUCCUCGAGCGACACGCGAGGGGAUGGAGGAGAAAAAGAGGAAGUGUUUUUUUUUUUUUUUUUUUUAGGAGGAGGCAGCGUGAUAUAAUUGAAAUCCUUCCUCGUGGUGGUGUUUUCAGUCUGUGGCGUCACUGCUGGACAUUGCCUUCCAGUCCUCUCGCUGGAAUCCAACAUGGUGCUUCAGACACAAUAAGACAAUGUCGGCACGAACACACAGACACACACGUCAUGUCCGAGAUUUAAGCGUCUUUCUCGUUGUUCAGUGUUUACCUGCAACGAGCGUGCAGAAAUGUAAUGAUGGUAUUGAAAUUUGACACGUGAGCAUUUCCAACUUUUUUUUUUCUUCUCCAUAUGCUAGCAGUUUGUAAGAGGUCAUAAUAGGUCAGUGCUGUCAGAAUAUGUAGAUUUCUGAUUUUUAUGUACAGUGGUUACAACCUUGUAAUGUCUUUUGCCGCUUUUGUAUUCCAAAACAAGGGGAUGUGUUCGAUCAUUUACUGGAUAUAUAGCUGCAUACGAGGGCAUGUCUGAUUUCUUCCGUCGUGGGUGCUAAUUUCUUUGAGCUUUAGGACCGAAUGUGAAAACGAGACUUGGUGGUGAUGAGACUCUUUUAGCACGUUGUUCUAUUUGUGGGUUUGUACCCCUCGGCUUUGCCCAGGCAACAGCGGGAGAUAGACGGAUUGUGUGAAACAUGUGGUGCGUUCUGUCGACGGGAGGCGUGUUAAAGUCGUUGUCAGCCACGGAUAUAGAAGUCAGCCAGGAUCUCACGCGACCCAAGUGAGAAUUGAGCUGAUUCCUCACUGAAAAGAGUGAAAGUGGGCUAAAAGAGAACAGUCGGCGUUUCACGCGGCCCACAUAUUCUGAAAUUUCUCUAAACUCAUCCCAGUGCAGGGCUUUGGGAAUUAAGAAAUGAGACCUAAAGAAGAGAUGGCUGGAUGGACUUCCAUGGCCUCUUUUUUUUUUUUUUUUUUUUUAGAAGGGAUGGUCAUUAGACUUGUCUUAUUAAUAGUCGGUGUGACCCAUUAAGGCUCUUCUCUUGGUCUAUGUGCCUUAUAGUUGGGCAAAGCUAAAAAGUAGUUGGAAUUUCAGUUGAAACCUGCAGACAGGUUCUGCAGUGGUUGACAUGAUGGAUGCACCACAAUAAUCUUUUUUAUCUUUAAAAUGGAUUAUGGCUUUGAUUUUUUGCACCCUCCACCAUGAUCCUUCGAGAGGGUAUUUCUUAGCCAACCGGAGCCAUGCCUGUGGAGAAUCUGUAGGCCUGCUGCUUGUUUUUAUGCAGACAAACUGCCUUGAAUUAAACAAGUAUUACAGCAGAUUGGUCUGGUCACAUGGCCUUGGAUUACCAUGUUCCAGAUUGGUAAUUAUUAGGAUGUAGAAAGACUCACGUCAUGGUUGGACAUCUCUGCUGACCAGGUGAAUGAGAGGUAGGGUUGAUUCCUGUGUUUAAGCUCCAAAACCACUGACUUUGAGUACACUUUUUAAUGAGCACUGGCUGGCCUGUGUGCUGUGAGGGUGCAGCCACUAUUGGAAUGUGGUUCAUUUGCUAACUUUUUGUCACUAUAAUGACACUCAGUGUUGGAAUGCACUUUCUUCUUUCUUUUUUUUUUUUUUUGUCUAUGACGCUACCCUUUCUGUGCUUAGCAUGAAUUGUUCCUUGUGUAAGAUUGUUUUUAAACAUGAUGAUUGUAGCAUGAGAACAUUUUUUCCCACAACUUGCUCAGAGAGGAGCUGAGUGACACGACUCGUCCAGCGUCUCGUUUAGGGGUCUCGUAGGCACUGAAUCCCACGGUAGCUCUCUUCUUGCUAUGUGGCUUUAUGCACAACUCAGUUUUAUUGAAUUCACUCAGCACAGCUUACGGUAGCAUCACUAAAUAUACCACUUAUAAUAUGCUGGGACAUUUGCUCAGAAAACUAAUGCGGAGUGUCUGUUGCUGCUGUACAGUGUUACAGCAUUUUCCUAUUAUACUGUUACUGUAGUUAAUACAAUCAAUCAGAUUUUGUGAAUUUGGGUAGAGGGCGUAAAAAAUACAAGGCAUAAAUAGCUAAAUUGGAUCUGAUAUCAAGUGUUGUCAUGCAAAUAUUUUAAGAAUGUCCUAAAUGGCUGAAAGCCAAGUGCAAUGUUUGGGUUCAGCCAGCAUGUAAUGACCGAGGGAUUGGAUAAAGCAUGAUGCAUGUUUCUGGGGUUAGGCAUUUUAGAGUUUCUUAACCUUGGGACCCAAUCUUGGGUCGCUUGGUAUGCACAUGGGGUUGUGGGAAAUUUCUAAAACCAGAAAAAAAAGAGAGAUAAAAAAGAUAAAUGAAAUACUGUUGGUUUGAAAUAUAUGCAAAAAUCGCUAUAAUAUGUGUUUGGGUACUUGGAUACCUUUGAUUAAUGUAAACAUGAGUAUUAUCUAAUUAUUGGGGUGAAAAUUGAGAAUUGUGGGUAAUAAAAAUAUGAUAAUGAUAUACAGAGAGGGAGAGAUGGAGAAAAUAAAAACAAUAAAAACCCUUCUUAGCUUUAUCCUGCCCUCAAUAUUUGCUCUACACUGACCCCCACAGGCCAAAGUUACAUUCAUUUGGAUUGUCUUGUCCUACAUCCUUUUCACUCUCACAUUCUCCUCACUUGUUUUCAGGCCUGACCCUCCUUUUUAAACAUGAGGCCAAGUGACUGAGAGAACACCCUGUUUUCUGGUAGUCUUUGGUGUCUCCUCUCCCGUGCCUUCGGUGAAAUCUCACACUUCUCGCUCAGUAACGGCUGGAGGCGCAUUGUAAACUGCAGCCUUCUGGGGGUCAAAAUAAAGUUGAUUAAGCCAAGAAAUGCACGUGCGUGAGCACAGAAAGAAAAGUAUGGGCAGCUCUCUUCAAUGUACAGUAUCUUAACGUAGGUAGCUGCCUAUUGGGGUCGGUGCGAGAAACUUGCAAAAGAUAACACAAGAUAUGGAGCUUUACAAGUUGAGUGUGGUAUCAUCUAUGCUGAAGCAGCGCAACAGAAAAGUCACGAGACGACCAAGAAACCCAGCAAACCAGCAGUUUAUACAAUGUUUUUCGCACUCUUUUAGGUGCCUGCACUUUCUCUUAUGUAGCCUAAUACGACUUUUUUGAUAAGGAUGCUGAGCGUUUAUAUUCACUUAUUACUUUUUCCACUUGCUCAUGAGCUCUUUCUCUCAGAUUCAAGUAUAUAUACUCUUUUGCUUCCACUAUUUUAGCGGCAAUUUAUGUUGCAGUCAUGCACAGAGUCGUGUAUUCUAAGUUGGGGAACAACAUCUGUGAACUGCUGGUUGGAUUAAAGGCAGAUAAUCGCUGUGACGACUAUAUAUACAGUAUAUCAUGCAUUAAUGAAGAUAGUUGUUAUCCAGAGUACAGUCCAAUGUUGUACAUUUGAUAUAAAUCCCAUCUGGAAAUAGCCUCUCACCUUGUAACUACUUACUACACUGUAUCUAUUAACUAAGCUGGUGUAUACAUAGGGUUGUAUGCACAGACAGACCCAGGAGAGGGAAGGUGUUCAUAUAGACAGACAUGGUGUGAUUAACCCCUGGUCUAUACUGUAAUUUUUUAAGUGGAUGGUAUAUACUGUAUAGUAUUGUUAUGCACUUUUGUUUCCAUUGACUCGGAUGAGUUUCUUUAACAUUUACCGCUCAUGUAAUUGUGUGUAUUACAGUAAAAGGCAAACGAAAGAGCACACCACACUCACAAACCACAAAACGAAACGACUAUCAAGGGCUUUCAAGAAAAAACACACAACAAUCAGAAUGUUUUGCUGCUUUUGCAAAAAAAAAAAAAAAAAAAAAAAAAAAAAAGUUUUGGAAACUAAAAAAUUUGUAAUAUUUUUGAACCACUGUGAUUUGUACAAAAUUAAGAAAAAAGAAACAAAAGGAGAUUUUUUUUUCUUUUUUUGCCAUUUCAGUAUUUUGAUGUUUGACAUGGAUUUUAUUAAAACUGUUAAUCUUUUGAA